CCUGAUAUUUUUUCAUGUGUGAUUGCCUGCUGUGGGCUGUUUUGCAUUGAAACCUGAUGAGUGUCUGCCUGCAUUAUCCCCACGCCCAGUUUAUACACAAACAGCCUAUUGUCCCCGUCCAGUCCAGGUGGCUACAUAUCUGACUUUCAUUUCAUUCCAACCACAGUUGUGGGGAAAAUGGCAGGCACAAAUAUCUCUGUGGACAAGGAGCAGUUCAGUUGUUCGGUGUGUCUGGAAGUACUAUGGGACCCGGUGACCAUACCAUGUGGACAUAGCUAUUGUAUGGAGUGUAUUAAGGGUUACUGGAAGAAAUGUGAAUUGAAAGAAGAGUACAGCUGCCCUCAGUGCAGACGGACCUUCAGUCCCAGACCUCCGCUGUCCAAAAACACCAUGCUGGCUGAUGUCGUUGAGAAACUGAGAACAACAAAUUUUCAGGAUGUUCCUCAGAGUCACACGAAGGCAGCCGAUGUCGAGUGCGACGUUUGCACCGGAAAGAAACACAGAGCCGUUAUGUUUUGCGUGAAAUGUCAGACGUCGUACUGCGAAAUUCACCUGAAACUUCACAACGAAAGAAACCGCGGGAGGAGCCAUCAGCUUGUUGAUGUUACAAAAACGCUUCUUAAAAGAAUUUGUUCACGGCACAAUAAACUAAAGGAGGUUUACUGUCGCACCGACCAUCAGUGCAUUUGUAGUUCGUGCGGAAAAGAUGGGCAUAAGGGGCACAGCAUAGUUUCAUUGAUGGAUGAAAGAGCUGAAAAACAGAAACAGCUUGAGGACGCGUGGAAGAAGUCCAAGCAGAGGUGUAAAGAGAGAGAAAAGGAGCUCAGAGACAUUGUAAAAUACAUCAAGCGCUCCUCACAAGCGGUUGAAGACGACAGCGAGAAGAUCUUCGCCCGACUGCUGCGCUCCAUCGAAAGAAAGCACUCGGAGAUGAAAGAGAUGCUCCGAGGUGAGGAGAGAACGGCUCUGGGGCAGACAGAGAAACUUCUGGAACGACUGAAUCAACAGAUCACCGAACACAGAAGAGGAGAAGCCGAACUAGAAAUGCUCUCAAACACAGAAGAUCAUCUGCAUUUCCUACAGCACUAUAAGAGCCUCUGUGCUCCUCCUGAAGUCGCAAGUCGGCCCAGCAUCGAUGUCCAUCCAUACUUUUCAUUGCUGAUAUUGAGAAAAGCUCUCACCGAACUACAAGAAAAAGUCAACGAUGUGUGCGAGAGAGAGAUGGCAAGGAUCUCAGAUGUUGUCGAUGAAGAACAAAGCCAGUCAUCUGAAAAUUCUGAACGUUUAUCAGUCAACACUGAAACAGCACAUAGAAAUUCACAACAGACCAGAGAAGAGCUCAAGACCAGAAGAGACUUCUUACAAUAUUCCUGUGAUUUGACGUUUGACCCAAACACUGCAAACUCCUUCCUCCGACUUUCUGCAGAAAACAAAGUCGUCGCCACAGAACACGAGUCUCAGUCGUACCCGGAUCACCCCGAUCGGUUCGGCAGCUGGGCUCAGGUCUUAUGCGUGGAGGGUCUUGCCGGGCGCUCUUACUGGGAGGUGGAGUGGGGAGGCAAUGGAGGCGUUUCCAUUGGAAUUUCCUACAAGGGGAUUCCCAGAACCGGAGGGAGUACCGACCGAAAACUGGGACGUAAUUCCAAAUCCUGGAGUUUGGAGUUCACGGAUUCUCUCUGCUUGUUUCAGCACAGCAAGUCGAGUGUAGAAAUACACACCCCUGCGCCGGAAAGGGUCGGGGUGUUUCUUGAUCACGCGGCUGGGAUUUUGGCUUUCUAUAGCGUUUCUCUUGAAGACGACUCCAUGACAUUACUGCAUCGAGAGCUGACCUCCUUUACACAGCCACUUUACCCUGGAUUUUGGGUUGGAUUGGGUUCCACUUUAAAACUUUGUCAAACUUUUAGCUUUGCUGCUUAAUGUUAUCAUUUUCUACAUCUUAUUUACAGGGAUGUAGUAACAGCUUUGGAAAUACAUCUGUCAUUCAUUACCCCACAUGUGAGUUUUGGGUAAAUUAACCCUUUAAAUAAAAGUGUAAAAUUUUGAAA